AUGUUACGUUCUCGUAUAUUAUCUACCAGGAAAACAUUAUUUCAACGAACUACUGUAACUCAAACAAAAGCAGCUGUUACCAAUGAAAAUAAUAUUGAACAAAAUGAUAGAAUAAGUGAAGAUCAAUCAUCAAGUGAUUCAUUUAAUCCACCACGAAGACCAUUAACUCAACAAUUUACUCAUCAAGUUACAAAUCAAGUUCCACCACUUGAAUAUAUUGAUUUAUAUAAAAGUGAUUUAGCAUUACGUGAAUUUCUAACUAAAGAAAAUAAAGGACAGAUUAAAGAUAUGGGUGUUGAAUUAGGCACUUUUCAUUGGUUUGAACAAGGUCAACUAGCGAAUCGAUAUCCACCAGUAUUACAUCAAUUCGAUCGUUAUGGACAACGCAUUGAUGAAGUUCGUUUUCAUCCGGCUUAUCAUGAUCUUAUGAAAAUUGGAAUGAGAUAUGGAGUUCAUUCCGUUGCUUGGGAACCAUUACCUGGUUCUACAACAAACUUUAAUUCAUAUGGACAUUUGCAACAUGCUGCAGGAUUAUAUAUUCUAACACAAGUAGAAGCAGGUGUUUGUUGUCCAUUAUCCAUGACUUAUUCCGGUUAUCCAAUUCUUCAUCGUUAUCUUCUUUGUACAAGCCAAAAAUUAACAGAUAGUUUUCCACUGGAACGAAUCUUAUCUCGUAAAUAUGAUCAACGAUGUUUACCAGCUAAUAUGAAAACAGGAUUAACAAUUGGAAUGGCACUAACGGAAAAACAGGGCGGUAGUGAUGUUCGAACGAAUACAACAAGAGCUUUUUGUGAUAAUGCACAAGAAAAACGUUAUAUUCUACUUGGUCAUAAAUGGUUUUGUUCAGCACCAAUGAGUGAUGGUUUUCUUGUUCUUGCACAAAUGUAUAAUGAUGAUAAUAUUAAUCAAUCAUCAUCUUAUAGUAAACCAUCAUGUUUUUUUGUUCCACGUUGGUUACCAAAUGGUCAACGCAAUCCAUUUUAUAUUCAACGUUUAAAAGAUAAAGUUGGUAAUCGUUCAAAUGCUUCAUGUGAACUUGAAUUUAAUAAUACUCAAGGUUGGUUGUUAGGAAAAGAGCAUGAUGGUGUUAAAGUUAUUAUUGAUAUGAUUAAUGGUACACGUUUAGAUAGCGCAAUUUCAAGUGCUGCAUUAAUACGACAAGCUUUAGUGCAAGCUACAUGGCAUACUCGUCAUCGUAAAGCUUUUGGUCGAUUAUUAAUUAAUCAACCAUUAAUGAAACAAGUCUUAAUUGAUUUAUUACUUGAAUCUGAAGCAGCUACAACUCUUGUUAUGUAUCUUGCAACACUUUAUGAUUUGACAUAUAAUAAUAUGUAUUCGAAUAAUACUGGUGAAACUAAAGCAUUAGCUCGUAUAGCUUCAGCUCUAGCUAAAUUUUGGAUAUGUAAACGAGCACCUGAGACAACAUAUGAAGCAUUAGAAUGUCUUGGUUCUGCUGGAAUUGUUGAAGAAUCAAUGAUGCCACGUCUUUAUCGUGAAGCUCCUGUCAAUAGUAUUUGGUAA